CGUUUUGUACAGCAGGGCUGAGGUCAAACACCGUUCCCAUUGGCUCACGCGUGUGAGGCGUUGCAUACGAGGUAAGUGAAUUCCAUCAGUCUUACCCAAAAUGCUAGAUUCUUAGAAUUAGACUCCAGCUAGAUGGAUGGUCAAUUUCUCAUCUUCUUUCUGGGCUGUCUGGGCAUCAUGUUCUUAGUGUCACAUAAGAGUUAUCAAUUCUCUCUCAAUUCCCCUCAAUAUCCCUCGCCAUCCAUCGCUUAAUGUAUUUUGUCACUUUCGUUUGAAGAUGAAGUGCUCGUUUGUUUCUUUUGGCCUUUUGGUCACAUCUCUGGCAUCAUCUGUCUUGGCAACUUACAAGAACCCGGAUGGCGUUGAUUGCGAGAAGACUGUUGUUUUUCCGAUCACCUUGACGUGGGAGAAGGGAUCUCCUGAUGGAUUCGAGAGGGACAUGAUAUUCAUGAACGGACAAUACCCAGGACCGACUUUGAACAUCGAGGAAGGAGAUAACGUUGAAUUCGUUGUUUACAACAAGCUCCCUUAUAACACAACAAUCCACUUCCACGGUAUCGAACAAUUGAAUACGCCAUGGUCUGAUGGUGUUCCCGGUCUCACACAAACUGGCAUCCACCCUGGAGAGACAUUCGUGUAUAAGUGGACUGCAACACAAUAUGGCACUUACUGGUAUCACGGACAUUACCGAGGGCAGCUCGAAGAUGGACUUUAUGGGGCCAUUGAGAUCAAGCCCAAGAAAGGAACUGUCCAUCCCCUCGCAAAAAUAACAAACUCCAGCAAAGCGCUGCACAAACUCGAGAAAGCAUUGGAACAUGCACAGCCUGUGCUUUUAUCAGACUGGAGCCAUUUCACAAGCGAGGAACUCACACAGGUAGCUAGGGACGCGAAUAUCGAUCAACUAUGCGGAGACUCCAUUCUAAUCAACGGGAAAGGCUCAGUCAACUGCCCAGGCGUACCUUUCUUAAUGAGCCUGAUCCCACCGCCCGUUCUUCCAAUUCUGCUGGGGGAGAACUUGACCGACAAAGGAUGCAUACCACUCUCCAACACUUUCGCACAAACAACGCAACCUAAGAACCUCGAAUUGGUUCCGCCUGGAAUGUAUGAGGGCUGCAAUGCCACGACGACGGAACUGGCUGUGAUUGAAGCUCAUCCCAGAGCCGGAUGGAUUGGCUUGAACUUCAUCAGCACUGCAAGUACUCAGGAACUCGUGGUCUCCAUCGAUGAUCAUCCAAUGUGGCUCUACGCCAUCGACGGUCGCUAUGUGGAGCCCCAACUGGUCGAUGCAAUGACUUUCUCACACGGUAGUCGUCACUCUGUCAUGGUGCAACUCAAUCACCCCGCUCGAGACUACACAAUCCGCGUGGCUAGCAGUGGUCUCAACCAGAAAGUCUUCACCUCAGGAACUCUCUCAUACAAAGGCGGUGAUCACACCAACGUCCCUAAUGCAUCAAUCAACUACGCCGGCGCCAACACCACCGGCAGUGUUCGCUUUCUUGACGACAAGAUCGUCGUCCCGUUUCCGCCUGUCCAUCCAGCUCAGCAUGUCGAUCAGACCAUCAAACUCCUUUUGAACCGCACAGGUGCUGUCUGGCAAUGGUCUUUGAACGAGAACAAUAUAUUUGACGUGGCUUAUGAAGAUAUAAAUCCGCUGCUUUAUGAUCCCAAUGGACUUCAAAACACUGGCUUGACGUUGACGACGAAGAAUAAUACAUGGGUGGAUUUGAUCUUCCUCGUUACCAACACAGCCGGAUUGCAGCCUGGGCAUCCGAUACAUAAGCAUUCCAACAAAGCGCAUAUCAUUGGUCUCGGCACCGGCGAAUUCAACUACACCGACGUGGCGGAAGCAAUGAAAUAUAUCCCCGAGUCGUUCAAUCUCGACAAUCCGCCCUACAGAGAUGGAUUCUACACCCUCCCAAUCCAAUCAGACUCAACAUGGAUGGCUGUACGGUACAAGGUUGAGAAUCCCGGCGUAAGUGUCCCCAUCGUUCCCCGCUGGCAACCGAAGAUAAACAAACUAACCGAAACCUCAAGCCAUUUUUGUUGCAUUGCCAUAUCAACCCGCAUUUAACUGGCGGGAUGAGGUAAGCUCCCUCUCUAAAACCCUUUAGUAGUGGACUGAGAACUAACUGGAUACUUUUCAGUGUCGCCAUUCUUGACGGCUAUGAUGCUUGGCCAGUUGUUCCAACGGAUUAUCAACCAGGUGCGAAUGGUGGAGAUAUUUCUCAGAAGGAGGGAUAAUGAGUGGGAAAAAUAGAUUCACCUGCGCCUUACACCCAUCAUAAUGUUCGUAACAUUUAAUAAUCAAUAU